AUGAUUGGAGCAAGGUGCUAUGGACAGAUGAAUCAAAGUUUAAUUCGAUGGGUUCCGAUGGAAAAAUACAAUGUGGUUGAGCCAUAUUCAAACACUCUUCCUAAAAACUGGAUUUUCCAGGCUGACAACGAUCCCAAACACACGUCCAAGAAAGCAAAAACGUUCCUCACCAAUCAGGGAUGGAAGAUCUUGAAAUGGCCGCCACAAAGCCCUGAUUUAUCGCCAAUUGAAACACGCGCACGGAUCAGCAUCCUACCAGGCGUACUUGGUUUUGUGACGGUCUUUGGCACAAUUCUUCUCAUCAGGAAAUUCUCGGCGAACACUCGAAAUUUGAGCAAGAGAACCCGAGAAAUACAGAAGCAACUGUUUCGGGCAACGCUCGUACAGGCGUUCGCUUUCUUUUCGUCCAUUUGCUUCACAUGCAUCAUCGUGAUGUGCACACUCAUGAAAUGGCUCAAUUUACCCGAUAUCAUGAUGUUCCACUCGCUGUUUCCGAUCGUUUUGCACUCGCCCAGCAAUUGUAUCGCCAUCAUCCUCACGCAUACUAUAGGAAAAUGCUGCUUCGAUGGGUUACGGCGGGACGCUUUGGUGGCAGCACGACGCUUCGAAGGGGAAACGUCGUCAUCGAGCCUAACGCUUGAAACGGACGACGACGGUUGCUCGAUUAUGGUGCUUGUCUGUGCCGUGACGAACUCCUCUCAAUUUGGCGCUAUUGGUUUGUUCGUCAGGCUCAAAUGGCCUUUGCCGUUGUACCGGGUUUCCCAUCGCAGAUGUCGGUGU